UUAAGCCAAUAUUUUUCCCAAAAUCUUCUCUCUCCCCUUCUAAAAAAUCCCAAAAUCCUCUGUUGCUGCCCCUCCGCCGGACUGCCACCGUCACCGUCGUCCUGCCGCUGCUGCCCGUCGUGGUCUGUGUUCCUUCCACCACCAAAUUUUAGUAAAAGAAGAUCAUGGUGGGAUUUAAGAAUAGAUACUUAGUUAUGGAGGUUUAUUUGGAUCCAAAUAAAACCACUGCAUCAGAUGAGCCCAUUGUAAUCACUCAAUUCAACUUGACCAAAGCCAUCAGGGACGUCAUUCUUACAAACUUUGGUGAGUGUGGCCUCGCCUCAUCAGCAAAUUCAUUUCAAGUGAAGUAUGUGAAUCCAAUUACAAAACUUUGUAUCAUACGAGCAUCGAGAGAGGAUUAUCAAAAAGUUUGGGCUUCAAUAACCAUGGUCAGGAGUGUAGGAAGUUGCCCCGUGGUGUUCAACCUACUAGACCUAAGUGGUAGUAUCAGGGCAUGUAGAACUGCAGCUUUGAAAUGUGAUGAUUUCAAAUUUCAGCAGUACAAGUUGAUGGCCGGAGCUCGCCUUACACCAGAGGUUCAGCAGCAAAUGCAGAACUAUCUAAACAAGAUCAAAGUUUUGGAACACUAAACAUGACUAGCCUCCUGAUAACAUGUUGUGCACGCAAGCUGGUCCAUACACCACGGUUAUCAAGAAAGUCUCUUGACAACGUGCCAAUUUGAUCGUUAGCUGGUUCCAAUUUUUCAUUUUUUGCUAACUGUUAAUUGUACAUCAAUGCCUUCAGAAACUUGAUGAAUUUGAUGGUUCAUGACAUUG